UUUUUUUUUUUUUUUUUUUUUUUUUUUUUUUUUUUUUUUUUUUAAUUCUUCUUCGGCGCACGCGGAACAACACCUGUCGUUCUAUUAUUCUAAUGUUCCUCUGACAAUGAGAUAAAGUAAAAAGAAAAGAAAAUAGAGAAGAGAAGAAAAGAGAAAAGAGAGGGAGAAAAAUAAAAGAGAAGAGAAGUCGGAGGGUUGAAGAAGAGGGAUGAUGGAGGUCGACGAGUAGGCGUCCGUCCGAUCGAGCGGAAACCUCCCUCCCUACGCGUAGGGUGCGAGGGGAUGCGGAGGAGGAAGGCCGCCGUCGGCUUUUUCCGGCGGCAAGUACGCGCCGCCGCGAUGAUGCCACGCGAGGAGGUGGAGGAGGAAAAGCGAAGGGAAGGGAAGGGAAGGAGACCUUUCGUCACGGUUGCUGUCUCCUACGAGGACGUCCGAGGAUGUCGUUUUGUAUUCCUCUUAUAAUACACUUGGUACGAUCGACGAUGAAACUUUUCUUCGAGAAAAAAGUCGUCCGUAUUAGCUAAAAACAAGAAAUUUGGAGCUGAGUCGAGUCGAGUCGACGAUAAUUAUUUUUUUUAUUUUUUCUUGCCCCCCCCCCCUACGAAUAAUAAUAAAAUCCAUUGAAUAUCGGAAUAAGAAGGUGUUGUGCGGGCGCGCGCGGGGGCGACCGACGACCAUGAAGGAACACGGGAAUAGUAAGCAUUCGGCGGAAGCGCCUACGAAGACCCUCAAGUCUUUAUUAAAGAAGCCCGGCCAGACUAAGGGUAAAACUCGUAAGAAUCGCGUUGUAAUUAACGAAAAAUUAAAUGAAUUCUUUGCCGCGGAUUAUAUUAUACUUAUUAAAGAGGAGUGUUGCGCCGAAUACGAGGAGGAUUGCGACUGUUGUUGUCAGGAACACGAGUUCAUACGUUUGGGCAAUUGCAAGGAGUGCCGGGCUGAAUUGAAUUUACAUUUUGGCGUUACGGAGGAUGGUCGUUAUGGUGGCGCCGAUGGGGAGGCAGACGAAGAGGAAGACGAAGACGAGGAUGAAGAUGAGGAUGCGGUUGACGAAGAAGAAGAAGAAGACGACGAUAAUGACGUGGAGGAAGAGGAGGAUGUCGUCGUCGUUGAUUCCGUGGCAGCUGUUAAUGCUGCCGCUACUGCUGCCGUUAACGUAAACGUCAAUAUCAAUGCAAACAAUGUAGAAAUUUAUCAACAACAGCAACAUCCUCCGCGAACUGCUACUCCUGUGGUAGAUGUUCGUAAUAAAAAGGAUGAUGCAGAUGCAUUGAUAGCGUGCGAACUCGAAUCCAAUGUUGUAGACCACAAAGUCGAACUCGAACCCGAACUCGAAACGAAAGACUCGACUGAUCGGCAGGAAGUGCUGCCGGCGAUUGUUCCCGACAAUCGCACUGAUUCCUCAGUUGUUCAAGGUGAAGGAGCCGAGCGUCAGCAGGAGACACUCAGUCCUCCGGAAGGUUACAAGGACGUUUGCGUUGAUGGUGCAACGAUUUUGGAUGACGGUGAUCGCCAAGCAAGACUUUUGCCACCGCCACCGCCUACCUGCAGCGAUUGCGAUUAUUAUCACCGUAGGAAAACAACUGGUGCCCAAGAACAAAUUAGGGUCAAUGGGGCCGAUGCCGAGCGAGAGGACGCUAUCGUUGAGAAUUUUAAAGAAGCAAACAAUCAAGUUCGAUCCUCUACGCCUAAUGAUUUGCAUCAUCGGUAUCUCGUCGAGACGAUAACGAUGACGACGGUAACCGAACGACGAAUCAUUCGAGAAAUCAGCGAGAACGAAAGGAAAAUUUGUUUGGAUGAACUUGAUCUGGAAGAAGAAAGACCGACCAAUGAGAUUCCUAAACAGGAUGAAGUUCCAACGAUAGACUCUUCUUCAUCUUCAUCUUCAUCUGCAUCUGCAUCUGCGACGACGAUGGGGACUAAUAAAGUUGAUAAUCUUUCUUCGUCGAAUGUUUGUCGGGAAUGUGGUGGUGGUAAUGGUGGUGGUGGUGGUUUUGAUGGUGGUGAGGAAACCUAUACGGAAAUGAUCGAGGACAACGAGAGAACGGAUAACGUUGCCGUAGUUGGAAGUAAUAAUAAAAAUGAAAAUGAGGAAAGAACGAUAGAUGGUGGUGGUGGUGGUGGCGAGGAGGAGGAGGAGGUGGGAGUGGGAGUGGGAAUGGGAAUGGGGGUUGGAGAGGAAAAUAACGAAUCGAAAGAAACCCUACAAGAUGUUACGGAAUUAUCGUUGACGUUUAAACUUGGUAAUUUAGCUAGCAACAGCUUGAAACCAAAUUCAGCAGUUAGACAAUUAUUUCCUAAUCCGAGAUUUAUUUCACCACCACCAGCACCUUUGAACAAAUCUGUCUCGUUAGUCGAUUCCGAUAGUACUACCACCGCCACAACUUAUUCGGAAGCACAAAAAUUUCUCAUAACUGCUGAAAAUUUACGUUUAUUCGAUACCACGAAGAGAUCAUCGGCAGGAAAAACGGUUGGAACAACAACGCGUAGCGAGUCUUGCGAAAGUGAACAACCAAGUACGAUCAAAAGAACGAUCGAGAGGAACACGUUGAGAAGAAGUUUGAUUGGCAAGUGCAAUGCAACCACGAGAAAGAAAAAUCUCAGAUCGAAGGACUUGUCUUUGGAAGAAAGAAUCAGACAACUUACUUGUGUUGAUCAGGACGAGGACGUUAUCGAAGAAUCGUCUAAGAGUUCGGAACUUGUUUUAGAACAAGAUAACGAUAGAUUGGAAUUCUCUGUACGAACUUCGCCGUCCGGUGAGGAACAGCCACCGAUUGAACGAUUUUCACAAAAAGUUGCUGCCACCUUGAGCAACGCGAUGAUAUCGUUACCUUUGACAACUUCUACGUCAACUACGAUGAUACCAAUGGUGACGACGAAUAUUCCACCACUGUUGACCACCACCACAUCGACGCCAACGACAACAGCAAACGUUUACAAUUCGAAAGGUGGUAAUCCAUUGAUGGAUACCACGGCAAAUCAAUCAACGUAUAGAAAGAUUACCGAUCUUUUUGCUUACAAGAAAAAUACCGAGCCAAAUUUGCCGGAUCUUGGUAUAGGUAACAAUGGUAGAGGUACUUUGGUUAAAGAAUGUCAGUCAAAGAAUUCUUUAACGAAAAUGAAUUCCGAAGUGAGAAGACAAUUUUUAGCCAGUCUCGCACCAUUAUCUUGCGUCACUGUUAACAAUGCGGACACACGUGAGGAUUAUUAUAGAAUCGAGCCAAGAAUUACGACUAAUGUAAAUAGCAAUCAGAUAAAUCACCUGUCCGAUUCAGCGUACAGCUUGGAGGACAUUGAAACGGCAUUGAAUAGAAAUCGUGCUAGUGCUCCUGAUGUUACAAGGGGUACGCCAGUUGGUAAUAGGCCAGAUAUCAGUGAGAAUUCAGCAGAUGAGUUGCUUGCUUUCGUGGAACAAGAUAAAUCUAGAAUGGAACGAAUAAAACGACGGUAUAGCGAGAACGAGGACCGUCAUAGUCUCGUUAAUGGUGUUUUGGGAGACGAUAAAAUGGCGAGUACUACGAGCAGCAACAACGAGCACAGUCAUGAGGAAUGUCAUGGCGAGGAAGAUGAUCAGGACGAUGAAUUAAACGAUUAUGGUUUUAACAGACGUCCACCUGUUCGAGGUAUCAAACCUCUGUUUAGUACUACCAAUGAGAUUGUACAUCAGCUUCGUUCUCGGAACGUAGUGACCAAUGACUUCAGUGACGUGAGAGAGACAUUUGCUACGGCAUGGCCAAUGCAUUACGAUAAGAACGGUGAUAGAAUAGAUGGUAAAAAUUUAUUGACGAUGGAAAACAUUCCGACUAAUGUUUACGAUACGAUGCCGAAGGAAGACACGAACACGAUUGAUCGAAUAAAUAGUAUGCAAAAACAAAUCGACGAUAUUUAUCAAACAAUCGUAGAGACCGCGGUUACACAAGGGAAUCUCGAUCGUGUAACUUAUUUAGAAAAUACGUUGCCACGACCAUUGGUAAGAAUACCACCGACCGAUGGUAUAUCCCAUCAAUAUCCCGAACAAAAGAACGGUCAGAAUUAUUUUCCGGAUAAGCAUCAACCGACUAACGUUCGUAUGUUACGUAUCGCGGGUGGUGGUGGCGAGGAAACGAUACCGGCUGCAAAUUAUGCAGCAACACUACCAGCUAAAAUUCGUCGAUAUCCACCAACGACGAUUCCUAAUUAUCAUUGCAACGUGGUCUCGCCAACUGUGGCAUCUAGCAGUGGUGGUGGUGGUGGUGGUGGUAGUGGUGGUGGUGUUGGUACUAAGUGUUAUCGUACGAUGUAUUUCGUGCCAUAUAACGGAAUCUCAGAUCCGACAUAUCAGAACAUUCAACGGAUCUUACCGCCACAUUCGUCGCCUAAUUACGCGACCCACAUCGAGCGUUAUCCUUAUCCUCGACAAGCGAAGAUUGAUAGCCCGCAGCAGCAGCAGCAGCAGCAACAGCAACAGCAGCAGCAACCACAACAGCAGCAGCAGCAGCAACCACAACAGCAACAGCAACCGCAGCAACAUCAGCAGAGGUACUACCCACGUCCCUUGGCGCCAAAUACUUAUUUAGCGUCACAACCACCACUUCCUGAUUCUGCUCCACCUAAUUGUCUUCCUUCCCAAACACCUCAGCAGACGCUCCAAUUACACCUACACCAUUUAUCGUCCGUUCCUCAUGCCGCUGUUCAUCCUAUCCAAUUUCAACAUCGGCAACAUCAUCAUCAAAUCGCUUCGUACCACCUGCAAUCGGUAUUACCGCCGCCGCCACCACCCCCAGCAUCUUACACGGUGAUCGCACCGCCUAGAUGCGCCUCCACAAUAACAGCCGGGCAUUCGACAAAUCCAGCCUAUCAUCUUUAUCAAAUACCGCUUGGCCGAAGUUCUGCUACCGUUGCUACGGCCGCUGCAGCAGCCGCUGCAGCAGCUGCAGCCGCGGCAGCUGCGAACGCCACGGAUGUGCACACUCAAACCGUUUCGACGUCUUCCUCGACACCUAUGUCCGUGCCCGUUACCUCUUUUAAACCGAUAUGCGAUUUACGCCUAUCCGCGAGUUUUUCCGUCAACGAUCAACAAGGAAACGUUAAUAUCGGUGGCCCACUUUCGGCAUCCUCCUCGUCUUCUUCCUCGGCGUUAUCUUCGCCCACGAAACAACAACAACAACAACAACAACAAUUAGUGAAUAAUUCGUGUAGCGUCGCGGAACGCGGUGUACCCGAAGGUGCAGCUAGUGCACCCUCCCAUGAUUUUUCUCAGGUACCUCCUCAACAACAACAACAACAACAACAAUCUUCUCAGCAUCAUCAUCAUCAUCAAGCUAUCCCUCAAACCCCGGCUCUAUCUCAAUCGACGACCACCUCGAUGUCCCACUUACUCCUCGUGUCAAACUCUUACGGUGGGCAUCGUGCCAAUACCCUAAACCCGCCUACCGACUCUCAAAACUCCGUGUAUUACGCGAUGAACGUUUAAACGACCGCCAAUUCACGCUUCUGCUGACCAAUUUCACUUGGUUGGGCACGAGACUUUCUUGCCCCGACGAGACUUUAAUAAUACGUCGUAUAUUAUAUCUAACACCCAAAUAAAACACACACACACGCGCGUACACUUACACGUACAUAUGAAAAAGGGACACGUACGAAGGAAGAGGGGGGGGGAUGGGAUGCAGGUGAAAUUAACUCGCAUCGACGAUUCCUUUUCUUUGAUGUGGUGGAAAAUGACGACAGGUAUGUAGACAAAAAAAACGGAUGAGAGAGAGAGAGAGAGUGUGUGUGUGUAUGAAUGAAUGAGAAGGACACGAGAUUAUCGUAAGGGGAAAGCAGCAGGGUGGCGACAACCAACCCCUUCUUUUUCCAUGCUCGUAAAUGAACGACACGACAGGCUUGAUUGUUGAAAGACGAUACGACUCGUUGAUUUUCUUCUAUGCAACGUCGACGACGACGAUGGAAAUUGGGAGGAACUCGAGUACCAUCGUGUGUACUACUACUCCUCCUCCUCCUCCUCCUCCUCUCCUCUUUCUAUACUUCUUCGUAUCUUCCCUUUGUAUUUCAUACCAUUCGUGAAAGGAGGAUAAGUUUUGUCACACUUAAAAUAUAUAUAUUUUGAUGAGAUUUCUAGGAACAAAAAAAUAAACAAGACUCGUAUAACUUUAUCUACAUAUAUAUAUGUAUUUAUUAUUACAAAUAUUUUUUUUAUUAAAACACGUUGCGUUGUUAUAUACUCUUGUUCAUACUAACGAGAAAUUAAAUUAUCGAGUGAAGUUAAAACAUAAAAGGAGAAAGUUGAAAAAAAUUGUUGUCCAACUUUUAAUAUUAAUUCGAAAAGUUUAUUAUAUCGUUCGCGUGUUGUGCCAAAAGUUUAUUAAUCAAAAUUAAUGCUAAUACGUUUUAAUCGUUCGCGAAAGAAUAAAUUUUUAACGAGAGACAUAUAAUAAUUUAUGUAAGAAGAGAGAGUAUGCUUUCCUCAUUAAUUUAUAAACCUUUCAACGUGUUACAAUAAUUUUCUAUCGAGUAACGGUUAAUAAAUUGAAAUUGUUUUUAUGAAAUUUGAAACACACAAUGUUAUAAUCCUACGUAAAAAUAAUUACCCCUUUUAUUUUCUUUUGUUGUUGUUUUUUUGUCUGCAAUAAUAUAUCCAAUCGAGUAAUAAAUAAUACACGCGAUAAUUCAUUAUAAAGUUUAUUUUUAAAAAUUCCACGUUAUAUAAUAUUAUAUAUAUAUAUAUUUUAUAAUUUUCAUUAUUACGUUAUUAAUUGAUUUAUUUAUUUAUGAUAGCCAUCAGCUAUGUCAUAGAGUUAUUUUUUUACCGAGUCAAUAAAGUAUUAAUAAUCAUGCCACUAUGAGGUAAUAUAUUUAUAUAUAUAUAUAUAUAUUA